ACUCUAAAAUAUGGGUGAAUUGACUACUUUAUUCACUAAUUCUUUUUCAAUGGAAAACUUUGGUUUAUCUCAUCGUUGUUCCAUUUUCCUCAUUGCUUACAUUUUUGUUAUGUUCGUGAUGACUCAGGUUCUCUCAGCAGAUGCUUGGACAGUAUGUGAAUCAGAAAUUGAUCCAGGUCUUCCCUGUAGUGAGGAAACCAUACCAUUUUGUUCCUUCCAAUGUCAGAAAAAAUUUGGAAAGCGUUAUAUUACUACAGAAUGUGUGGAGAAAACUCCAGGGGAACCUAUGUGUAUAUGCGUCUACAAGAAUCAAACAUGUCCACCACCAAAAAUUCAAUAGAAUUUGUAAUUUUUUUUUCCUUUUGUCACUUUCUCAAAAAGGAAAAAAUUUCGUGAAAUUAUUUUAUUCUCUAUCAGAGGAUAUUAUCCAGCAUGAAUGAGAAACUGAUACUUUGUGCUAAUUUAAAGAGAUGUUGACGAAA